AUGGAAAAAAAAAGAACUUUAAGUGUAAAUAGUGGUAAUAAUGAGUUAAUACCACCACAACCACCUUCUUCCCCAAAAACAAAAAACAGUUUAAAUAAUAUUGAAAAUAACGAAUGUAAUAAUAAUAAUAAUAAUAAUAAUAAUAAUAAUAAUAAUAAUAGUAAUAGUAAUAAUUUGAAUAAUAGUAAUAAUAAUAAUAUUAAUACCUCAUCAAACAGCAUUAAUAGUUCAAAUAGUAUCAAUAAUAGUAUUGAUAAUAUUGAUAAUAAAGAUAACCAUCAACAAAAAUACUAUUUACCACCAUCAAAAAUGAAUUCAUCACAAGAAUUUCAAAGUUAUUUAACUCCAAAUAAAAAUAACAAUAAUAGAAACAACAAUAAUAGAAAUAACAAUAAUAAUAAUAACAAUAAUAAUAAUAAUGAAGGAACAAUUCAAAACUUUACAUCAAGAAUGCUUAAUUCAAUUAUAAUGUAUAUGAUCAGACCAUUUUUAGUUGGUGCAUCUGCUUCAUUUGGAAUCAGUAUUGGUAUGUUUUAUUUCUCCCCCUUCCCUCCUUCCUUCCUUCCUUCAUCACCAUCAUAA